GAUACCUGUGGUAUUUUUACUCUAGUAAUCCUUAUUGCUAGUACAUUGAGUUGAUCAUUCGAAAGUGUGAUAAAUUUUCAAUUUGGUACAUUUUUGAAAAUUCAAAAUGAGUAAAGGUGAAGAAAAAGAGGACUUCCGAGUUAGUGUUACUGAAGAUAGCGAGGACAGUUUGCAUUCUUCGUGUGAGGACAGAUUAAAACCAGAAACUGAACAUGAAAGUUCUGAUUCAGAAAAAUCACCAUCACCAGAGCCUCCGAAACAAAACAGAGCUAAAUGUUCAUUUUUUAUCACAGACAUUCUUGCCGAAACACACUCGCGAGUGCCGCCGGACAAUGCCGAAAGUAACAGAGACUCUAUUAUUUAUCAAAGACAUUUUUUACCUAAAAGAUGUGAAGAAAGACAGCUAGUUUCACACCAUACAGACUUAUAUUCAAAACACAGAGAUGACAGUGAUACAGAUGACAAAAUGGACUGUGAUUUUGAAAAUUCUACAAUGUGCUCCAAACAACACAGGAAACCUCGUAAAGCGAGAACUGCAUUCACAGACCAUCAAUUAAACAGUUUAGAAAAACACUUUGAAACACAGAAAUACUUGAGCGUUCAAGAUAGAAUGGAAUUGGCAUCAAAACUAAAUCUUACAGACACACAAGUCAAGACAUGGUAUCAAAACAGAAGAACAAAAUGGAAAAGGCAAACAGCUGUCGGUUUAGAACUUUUAGCGGAAGCUGGUAAUUUAUCUGCCUUCAACCGGAUGUUUCAAGGAGGGCCUUAUUGGUCGUCAUUUAACCAACACGCUGCAAGGUUAAUGACUGGGCUUGAUGCUUACUACCUUCGACCGGAAGUGCCGUCUUUUCCUAGUCGUCCCCUAUCUAUGCCACGAAUGUAUCCUCCAUCAUCAAGUUAGAAGAAUGAAAUACCGAACUUGCUUUCUACGUUCUAAUUCAAAGGAUUACAAAAGUCAAAAUGUUACCGAAAAUGACAUGACAAAGAUCUCGAUUCAUGACAAAAUAUCGAAAUCUGUGAUAGUUCAGAAACAUUCAAGAUAUCUAUUUGAAAAGAUUAUAUAAACAAUG